AUGCGUGCCCCUCCCAGUGACGUGCAGGGCGUGAACAUCGUUCCCGCGCGCAUUACGCAGCUGGAGCACCUCACGUCGCUGAGCAUCACAUCCAGCAGCCUCGACAAAGGCGUUCCACCCGCCAUCCUCGCCAUGCCCACCCUCAAGCACCUGAAUCUGACGGGCUGUCGCAUAUCCGCGUCGCUGUCGUCGUUCGUCACUCGCAACAUCCCAAGUGCUCUCGAAACCUUGAAACUCGCCGGCAACUUGUUCGGGGGCAACAUGACAGAUGACCUCGGCCGAAUCACCUCGCUCAGGCACCUCGACCUGAGCUACAACUCGCUGGGGGGGACGCUGCCGGACGGCUUCAGCGCCCUCCAGCACCUCACUGCUCUGCACAUUAACGCGAACGGCCUGGAAGGACUGCCCACCGUGCUGACCACCCUCACUGCCCUCAAGCACCUGUCGAUGGGGGCGAAUGGAUUCGAGCCGGCCAUUCCGCCAUUGCUGGGCGAUAUGAGCAACCUUCAAAUGCUGGGUCUGAGUUACACUGGGGUGUGGGGGACCCUUCCCAGUGCACUGGGCAACCUCGCCAACCUGGAAACGCUAUGGUUGCCAGGCAACAAUCUGAGUUGGACCAUCCCCAACUCCUUUUCACGACUCAGCCGUCUCUCCACACUGGAACUCAGCGGCAAUCGGCUGUCAGGGCCCAUUCCCUCGAUACUUGGGCGACUCACCAACCUGGACAAGAUGAAAUUGAGCGGCAACAGAUUGGCUGGCAUCAUCCCUACAUCCUUGGGCAGACUCAGCCGUCUCACUUUCAUGGAUCUGUCUUCCAACCGCAUUAGAGGGACCAUUCCUGCUGCACUCAGCGCGCUCAGCAGUAUUGACAACCUCCAGCUGUUGUUAAUGAGCGUCACACUUCUCCUCCCCCACCCCACGUCCCGCAGCGAUCUGAAAUCCAACCAGCUGGUGGGGAGCUUGCCGUCGCUGAAGCUGAUGAAGUCAGUGCGGCACAUCGAUGCCGGGUACAACUUCCUCACAGGCACUGCUGACGCAUCUCUUGCCAACAUCCACCGCCUCUGCACCGCGAGCAACCUGCGCCUCUACCUAGAGUACAACUGCCUCAGCAACACCUCCGUGCUGUGUGGCACGGGGCAGACGCAGAGGAGCAGCAGCGAGUGCGAGUCCCUCUGUGGGACCAGUCCCGAUGUCCCGUACUGCAGCGGCCAUGGCGUGUGCUACUGGGUGUUUGAGCAGACCGGUCUCCAGUCAAGGGCUCAGGUGAGGCAGCAUCCAUUCAUCCGAACCACCACAACCACAGCGGCCGCUAUCACCGCCCUAAGCACGACCGCCAUCACGUCGGCCACCGCGUGGCGUCGUCUCAGCCGCAUCCUUCCGGGCCUCGCGCCUCGGUUGGGUGGGGCCGCUCUCGCUCCGUUUCCUCCACACGGCGCGCGUUCCAUAGCAGCCACUCGUCUCGCCAUGGCGGCGCAAGGCGCGCCACCGGCUGCGGACGGCGAGGUGGCGUACGACUACGAUCUGGUGGUCAUCGGCGGGGGUUCGGGCGGCCUCGCGUGCUCCAAGGAGGCGGCGAAGCUCGGCAAGAAGGUUGCAUGUCUUGACUUCGUGAAGCCAACGCCGAGUGGCACACAGUGGGGCCUUGGAGGCACGUGUGUGAACGUGGGGUGCAUACCCAAGAAGCUCAUGCAUCAAGCAGCGCUGUUGGGCGAGUCCUUCUCUGACGCGCGCGCCUUCGGAUGGGACCUCCCACGCGAUGUCAAGUUCGACUGGGCGGCGCUGGUGCAGGGCGUGGGGGACCACAUCGGGUCGCUGAACUGGGGGUACCGCGUGGCGCUGCGCGACGCCAAGGUCACGUACGUCAACGCCCUGGGGCGCUUCGUGGACCCGCACACGCUCGAAUGCACCACUCGCGCCGGCCAGGUGUCGCGCAUGACAGCGGAGCGCUUUGUGAUAGCAGUGGGGGGGCGCCCGCGGUACCUGGGCGUGCCGGGGGAUAAGGACCUCUGCAUCACCAGCGACGACAUCUUUUCACUGCAGCGCGCGCCGGGGAAGACGCUGUGCGUGGGGGCGAGCUACAUCGCGCUGGAGACGGCGGGCUUCCUGGCGGGGCUGGGCUUCCCCGUCUCCGUCAUGCCGCGCUCCAUCCUCCUGCGCGGCUUCGACCAGGAAGUGGCGGAGCACAUAGGGCUGUACAUGGAGCGGCACGGCGUCUCCUUCAUUCGCCCCGCUGUGCCCACCCAAUUCGACCGCACUGCUGAUGGCAAGGUGGCAGUGACGUACAAGCGCAUGGACACGGGAGCGGAGGGCAGGGAGGAGUUUGACACAGUCGUCAUCGCAGUGGGCCGCGACGCCCAAACUCAAGAACUCAACCUGGCAGCAGCAGGGGUGGACGUGAACCCCCUCACGGGCAAGAUCAUCGCACCGGACGAGCAGACGUCGGCAGCGCACAUCUACGCGAUAGGGGACGUGCUGGACACGCGGCAGGAGCUCACCCCCGUCGCCAUCAAGGCGGGCCAGCUGCUGGCCCACCGCCUCUUCGCCGGCAGCGCGCAGCGCAUGGACUACAACCUGGUACCAACAACGGUGUUCACGCCAUUGGAGUACGGGUGCAUAGGCAUGGCGGAGGAGCUCGCCAUCGCCACCUAUGGCCCCGACAACAUCGAGGUGUACCAUUCGUACUUCAAGCCGUUGGAGUGGCAGGUGAACCACGAGGAGAGCAACGGCGUGUCGCACCGCGAGGACAACGUGUGCUAUGCCAAGCUGGUGUGCAACAAGCUGGACAGCGACCGCGUGCUGGGGCUGCACGUCGUGGGACCCAACGCGGGGGAAAUCACUCAGGGGUACGCGGUGGCGAUGCGCAUGGGGGCGUGCAAGGCGGACUUUGAUGCCACGGUGGGCAUCCACCCCACCAUGAGCGAGGAGUUCACCUCCCUGCGCAUCACCCGCCGCUCCGGCCUCAGCCCCUACAAGACCGGCUGCUGA